GAUUCCUGCAAGACAUUCUGAAGGUGGAUCAAGGCGAUCGUCAUUUCAGAGUCGUCAGUGCCGUUGAUUGGGGGAUUCACUCAAUUGGCGCUCUAUUGCCAGGCAAAAGCCUACAAAGGUGCCGUGAACAUCGAAGUAGCGCUUGCGCUGUCGGUCGUAAGGGCGACUGUAACUUUCGACUGAGUAUCAUGGCUCAGUUCUUCCUAAGUCAAAUGACAAGUGAGAUUCUUAAACCGUCUAAACAUCGUCAGCCUCUUCAGUUUGUGGAUAUUAAUUCUGCUUCUUCUUCUUCUUCUUCUUCUUCUUCUUCUUCUGAAACUACGCCCGUUACUGCAAAAAUCCAAAGACGAGUUAGCUUUGCCGAGAAAAAGCAUGUCAAAGAAUUUUGCGAUUCUUUAGAGGAAGGGACUGUAUGGGAUAACACAUAUGAGGAAAAUGAUUCCAGUCACCAAAAAGCUGCUCAUUCUGGGAAUCUCGACGAAGAUUCAACCACAUCGAAAAACUCCAACAUAAUUUUAAAUUCUUCUAUUAACAGCAUAGAUAAGGAAAAUUAUCCACUUGACAUCCAGAUAUAUGAUGACCGUCAGCAGUUGAAGACCCAUAUUGAAAUUGCACCUGUAACUUCUUUUUGCGACGACUUACAAGCAAACAGUCAGAGUGUCGUAUCCGGAUCAAGUGCAAUGGACACUGAUACAGAUUUACCAAACGUUUUAAUAUGUUCUAACGUAAUUCAGAAUUCUAAUAACAAAAAGAGUGUGGAAGUUCUUUCACGAGAGAAGAGUUUACAUCAUAAUCUUUCUUUGGAGGAGGAAAGUGUAUCAACAGCCUUUUGUUCUAAAUCACCUUUCCAGAAUACUAUUUACGAUAAUGAAACUAUGGCCUUUACACAAAUAUUACCAUCUGUUACUCAAAAUGGCAUAGAAAAUACCUAUGAUCGUCCACAUGAAGAUGGACGAACCGAAAGUGGAAUUCACAAUUUGUCAAUGGAUUUUACCGAAGCAGUUCCUAAUUAUAUAUAUCUAAAAGAAAAAGAAUCAAAUUGUGCGCAAAUAUGUUUUCUAGAAACAGAAGCUCAAGAAGAUAAAAGCCAAAAUAGGAAUAAAAAUAAAAUAAAAUUGAAUGAUAUGCCUAUGGAAAUAACGACAGCAAUGCCUUCCGUUCAUUUAAAAACCUCUGUUGAAGAUGGUGGUGAUGAUAAUGAAGUUGAUGAAUCCGAGACAGAUAAUUUUGUGAGGAGAAAUUUGUCCAUGGAAAUGACGUCUGUAGUGCCUUCAAUACCGGUACUUAGGCAAGAUAAUUUUUCAGAUAUGGUGCAGGCUGACACAGAUGAUGAGAGAACUAGGGUUUUUAGGAAUUCAAUGGAACUUACUAUAGCAGUGCCUUCUUACUUUGGGAAUCCAGAUGCUUCUCAUUAUGUACAAUUAAGCACUGGCGAAGUUUUGCCUCGACAUAGUUCUGUGGAAUUUUCUUCUAAUGUUCUCAAUUUUUUAUCACCAAACGACAUAAACCAAGGAAACUCGCUGAACAGAACGGUAUUGUCUCGACAUGAAUCUAUGGAUUUUUUUGCUAUAUCUCCAAUAAGCUUGCAAAAACAAAUUUCUGAGUCCUGUGAUUUGAUGGAUAAAAGUACGAGAUUAUUUCGGUCCAAAUCUAUGGAGUGUAAUACAGAAGCCCCGAGUAGUUUUUCGAAGAAAACUGCAGAAUCUAAAGUUCGGAGUAUUUUUUCAGAAAAAAAUACUGAAUCUAGAGGUUUGGAGAGAAACAGUGCAAGAUUAUUUCCGAAUAAAUUAAUAGAGUUCACUGCGAUUGUUCCCUCUUCUUUGUCUGUGGAAAGUAGUCUCAAUUUGCCUAAUUCAAAUGAGAUAUCAGAAAAGAGAAGGAGGCUAUCAAUUCCUGAAAUGGAUUUGGCAGGAACGGAAUCUCCUACUAUAGGAUAUCAGUCUAAUUUUGAAAACUGUAAUCACAUCCGUGUGGAUCACACGCGUAGAAGGAGUGAUGGCAUUAGCCUUUUAAAUAUGGAACUCACUGAACCUGUUCUGCACAAUCCUUCUCGGGAGGCUCAUUAUCCAUCUCAAUUUGAAACUUUCAAUCGACAAGAUAGUAGCAACGUCAAAGAGAGGAUCGGCAGAGCCUCGUUUAUUGUUAAAAACAAUUUAUCAGUGCCUGAUUUUCAUGAAAAUUCUUUAAAUGAUGAUAAGAGCGUUUCCCAGAUUUUCGCGCUAUCUGUAUCACGAUGCUAUUCUUUUUUGGAUAAAUUGAAAACUCAGAAUGAAAUUGAAAAUAUAGGUCUCGGUGAAAGUGACGCUGGAAAUAUUAUUUCCAGUUUUUCAGAUGGCAAGGAAAAUGUAGUUGUAGAUGAAGAAGUUAUCAAAGGUAUUUCUGGAAUGGACGUAAUGAACGAAGUUUUGAAUGUUACUAAGAAAAUAAAAAGUGUUACACGAAGCGAAGAUAAAGUUAAAGAUGUUGAAGAAUCGAAUGAAGAUGUAAGCAACAAAAAAUGUAUUUCUGAUAACGAUUGUUUAGUGGAUUUGAGCAAAAUUAAAAAUAAAAUAAACAAUUUCUGCCUUGAAAAUAACAGCAGAAUAAUAGAAAAUGAAGAACCUCCAUCUUUUUUAAAUCAUAGUGUCAGUGAUGACAACGCAGAUAAAGAAUUUAAAUUUGAAAAUGAGGGACUGACUAAAAGUCAAGAAGUAUUAAACAUUCGGAAAUCGAAUUUAAAAGAGGUAUCAAUAAUGACAAGGAAGCGAUCUUGUAAAGCAAGUGGCAUUCGUGAAACAGAAAACCAAGUUGAGGAAAAUUUGAAGAGUUCGUUUAAAAAAAUAGAAAAACGAGCAAACACACAAGAACUUGACAAUUUAAUAAAAAUAGCGGAAUCAGCAACAACUGCUGUUGAAGGUGAAAAAAUAAAAGGAAGGACUGAAUCGGAAGGAACUUUUUUACUAGAAAAGGGAGUCGUGAUUGCGAAUUCUAAUACAUCCACUAAAAUAUUUCAGGCGGAUGUUGCAUCUUUAGAAAAAGUGAUUAAAAAAAAAGCGAAUAAAAGAAAAAUCAAUGGGGUCUCCACAAAUGCCAUUGAGAAUUCAAUAAUCUCUAUUGGAAACUCUAUCAAUGUUAAGGAAAAUAGUACUUAUGAAACAAGUGUUAAUUUUGAUAAUAGAAAAGAUGAAUAUUCGAAAAGAGAGGGACAUGAUAAAAGAUAUGCUUCUGUUAUGAAUGAAGAUAUAAAUUUAAAUUUCACAAAUAAAAACCGAAUACUGGAAGAAUCAUUUAUUCUCGAAGACGAGAAUUCCUAUAAAAAAAACAUUUUUUCUUGUAAAAACCCUGGAACGAUUAGAGAAAAUCCAAGUAUAACUUUUUGUGAAACAGAAAUAAAAAAUGAUGCUGAAAAGAACUUAAAUGGAAACAUUAAUAAAAUUAGUUUUCUUCAAUAUAAAUAUCAUGAUGAAAGUGUGACUAAUUUUAAUGUAUCUGAAGCUGAUAUUUCUGGUGCUGAAAUGCAAAUAGAAAAUUUGCCAAAUGAAAUAGGAAAGUUCCAGAAGCAAGUUCUUAAUUGUGAAGCAAUAAAUCAAUACGAAUUACCCAAGCAUGAUUUUAAAACAUCAACUGAGGAAGAUCCAUUUUGUGUACUGGUUGAUAAUAUUAGAUCUAAUGCACAAAGGAAUGAUUGUAUAUGGGACGUGCGAUUUUUAAAUGAAAAAAUGCUGGCUUUUAAUUUUAUUUCAAAAUCUCUGGUGGUAAUAAUUGAAUUGAGAAGUCACGAUGAAGCUUCCUUGAAAGAGAUUAAAGAUAUUCAAGUAAAAUCUCUUCUUCCAGAUGCAAAGAAAGAUCGAAUACGUAUAGUUCAUGAUUUAAUUUUAAACAAAUUACAUCCAGAAGUUCUACUAAAAUCGUAUGAACUAUAUGAAGACGUUUUACCACUGUUGGGAUGCUUUUCAAAAGAAGUCAAAUUGGCAUUAAAUUUCAUGUUUGAAUUGGAACAAUUAAAGGAUUUAAAUAUGAUUCAGAUUGAUACUAAAGGAAUGUUUUUUGUCACCCGGACUAAAAGAAUGGACAUAAUAUUGGAAAUCACAUUGAAAAUAAAACCGUUUGAUGAAAUCAAUAUUGAUGAUAUUAAGGUCAAGUGCCUUCUAGGAAGUAUAAGCAUGAAUGAGGUGAAACAAUUAAUUAUAAAUGUAAGAAGGGACUAUAAGUUUUUAAGAAGAAUCAUGAACGAUGUAAGAGAUUACGUCGAACUUAUGGAAGAAUCUGCAGCAGUGGGUAAAUAAGUUAGAAACUGUAAACUAUAGAAAUAUUUUUGAAUGUUAAAAAUGAAAAUGAUAAUUAAAAAACGGCUCUUUAGUUA